AUGACUAAAAUCACCAUUGUUGCUAUCUUCAUUGUCUUCUUCCUAGGGAUGGUGGCAAAAGAGACGCAAGGGCAACAUAUAUGUCAUCAGGUUCUACUAAAUGACCAUUGUGAUGGACCAACAUGCACAGAUCUGUGUGACAAGAAGCUGCAAGGAACUGGCCAGUGGUACAUGACUAUUGACAAACGAUUUAUAUGCCUAUGUAAUUAUUAUUGCAUCCCUUGA